GCAGGAUGAGAGAGAACGGCAGGUUUCUUUUGAUUGUGGGAGAAGGAGUCGUCAGCUGUGAGGGUCUCCGGCUGUUUAAGAGGAUCUGUUUCGGCGUACAGACCCAAAAAAGAAGAACAGAUUCUCGUCUACAAACUGGAAAAUGGAUAACAGUAAACGGAAUGUGGUCGUGACAGGUUUUGGACCAUUUGGAGAGCACACCAUCAAUCCCAGCUGGGUAGCAGUUCAGGAACUGAAGAAACUGGGACUUGGCAGCAAUGUGGACUUGCAUGUAUAUGAGGUUCCUGUAGAAUACCAGACCGUCCAAAGUUUGGUUCCAUCGUUGUGGAAGCAGUAUCACCCACAGUUGGUAGUUCAUGUUGGAGUCUCGGGCAUGGCCACUACUGUCACGCUGGAGAAGUGUGGCAGAAAUCAUGGUUACAAGGGACUGGACAACAGCAGCUUCUGUCCGGAUUCACAAUGUUGCAUUGUGGGAGGCCCAGACUGUAUCAACUCAGUUAUUGACAUGGAGUCCGUCUGCAAGAGAGUGACUGCGUCAGGACUGGGAGUAGCCGUCUCUGUUUCCAAAGAUGCUGGAAGGUAUCUCUGUGACUAUACCUACUACACAUCCCUGUACCUGAGCCACGGCCGUUCUGCCUUCAUUCACGUGCCUCCUCUCGGAAAGCCUUACAGCGGGGAAGACCUGGGCCGGGCGCUGCAGGCCAUCAUCCGGGAGAUGCUGAAGCUUCUUGAGCAGGCGGAGGAAAAGAUCAAUUCCCAGCAGCACAUCCACUAAGUGCCCUUCAAAUUCUAACCAGCCUCUCCUGCCCUUGUCACACAAGAAAAAUUGCACUUGACCACAAGUAGCCAAACUUCUUUUAUACUUUGAUCCUUUUCUUGACUUGGAUAUGCUUCAACUUAUUAGGCUGUUGGAAGCAUGUGCCUCUUUGUUUUUGUGUUGUUUCUUUUCCUUUUUCUACACCUGAUUGAAUACGAUUUCAACGUAUCCCCACCACAGGAGGAGAACAUCCACACAACCGUUGGUUCCUUCGGUUUCUCUCAAUUCCGAAAGACACAAGCAACGUUUGCAAAGUGCUUCUUAAAUGUGUUCAUAUGCAGUCCACAGUUAGAGAUGGAGCGCUGUAACCCCAAAUAUGGCUUCUAUUGAUGCACCUUAUAGAGUUAGGGUUAUUGGAAUAGUUAUAGAAGGCACAUUUGGGUGUACUGCAUUAUCCAUCUCAGAAUUCUCCUCUUUUUAGUUUUUAUUUUCUCGUAUUUGUUUCAAUUACCAGGUGUUUACCCAAAUGAUACAAUUUCUCUGUGCCCGUAAUGCAUUAUGGAUUAUAUAGUAAGCAUUAAUUUUCUUUAACAUUCUCUUUGUCUGUUCCUUACAGUUGACUUGUUCACAUUUGUUUCUCUGGUAAUUUUUCUUUAUAAGAAGUUGUAAAUUUGCCUUCUCUAACAAAGGUUAUUUAAAUCAGGGAACGGGUUGGUUCCAGCUCAUACUUCCCCAGUUUCUUGGCUCAAUUUUGACACCAAUAAACCCAAAUCAACCCUUUUGAGACCUGUCCCUGGGCUGUGCAAUGUUAGUUCACAGGUCUCAUCUAAUGAAUCCACUCAAAAACAAAUAUUAAAGUUUUCUUUUAGCUGCACAACUGUUAAAAAAAAAUCAAACUUUUCAUUCUUCAGCGCUUCUGAACUAUUGAGGAUUUUUCAAGUAAACACCUUGUGUACAUUUAAACCUGCAUUAAAGUUGCAGAAAUAUGCAAAUAAGUACUUUUCACUUUUGUGCAGCCGUAAUUGCUACCCCUUGAUUAAAGCUUUUUGGUCUUUUUUUUUAUUUUUAUUUCAAUGAUUUGAAUCUUUCAGAUUUAAUAAAGAUGGACUUCAAGUUCAGUCAUAAUUGGGCCUUGAAUUAUUUCUGUUGCACUUUCUGUUUUUUAUGUCUGUUGUACCUAAUCUGGAAUCUGGACAGAAUAUCUCAAACAAUGUGAAAGACUAAGUUUUGUACAUAAAAGAUUUUUUUUCUGUCACUGUAAUCUAAAAAAAUGUAGCUUUUCAAACACAAGCAUCAUUUUCUUUUGUUUUUUUCUACAUUUAUUACAAUAAUGUGUGUAAAAUGUGCUUAAUUGGUGAGUGUGAAACAUGUUUUUUGUUGCCUAGUUCCCCUUUAAUCAGAUCCAAGACACAAUUAGCAGUAAUUUUCAUCUCAAAGUCUGAAUCUGCUGUUGAACGGAGUUUUGUUCAAUUAUUUCAGUUUGUUGUUCAGUCUACCUUAAUUUCUAGGCUAUUUUGCCACCUUCCAAAGAUUUACUUUGGUUGAAAAUGGUUUUAAAAUGCUCCAAAUUGAUCACUGCCCUUCGAGGGGACAUAAAUGUAGCCUAUCCUGUAACAUAUAGACCAAUAUAUUGCAUCAUUUGUAUGGUAUAUUUUCCCAUUAAUUUUGAGUACUGGUAAAUCCCUGUUCUUUUAAACUGAUCUUGUUUUUUUUUUUUUUUAUGUAUAAAGCAUUUUUUACUCCAAAGUAGGUUUCUGGAACUGUAAAUGUUUUAGUGUUACCAAAUGGUUUGUACCUUUUAGCAUGCGUCUUUGUUUUCUGGUUUCAAAACCUCUUACGGUCAGGGCAAGUGAGGCGGUAGGGGCAUGGUUAGUACUUAGAUGCAAUCUGCAGAAAUUCUGCCUCACGUUUACUCAUGAGGUGACCCCUUGACCCCCAACUCUCCUGUGCCUUGCUGUUAUUCAUGUGUGUCAUAAUACGGUCUCCAUAAUUCUCAGUAGUCAAGAGAUGUGUUGCAGAUGCUGUUCGGCCAGAUGUGUGGCUACCUCAACAGAAACAAAAUGUUUUGUUUUGUGUGUGCUUUGUUGUACACUAACAGUUUGGCUAUGUGAUGUAUUCCAGGUUCCAGAAGGUUUCUUCUUUGUCCAAAACGUAGCACUGUUGGUAAUAUCACUUUGAAAAAAGAAAGACUUUGAAAUAAAGAUAAUUAAGAAAUUGUA